UUAAACUUCAGGCCCCCACUUCAGUUUUCUACUUUUCCUUUCAUCCUGAGACCUCCUUGACACUUUCAUUUCGUCGCAUAACCCUUAAGGCGCCGCACACACCGGCACGGCCUCCCUCCCUCGCGAGUCUCACCGCCAUCGUUAAUCACGGUUGUCGUCGGAGCUCUCGUAGUUGCUCCUCACAGUCCCAGGAGCGGACGUAUUUUUUGUAGAGUUUGUCGGCGGUUUUGGAGCGUUUGAGGGGUCGGAUCCAAGAGAAGAUGGAGGAGAUGCGGCUGCGAGUGCGGGGAGGGGUGGCACUCGCAGUAUUGGUGGUGGUGGUGGUGGACCAGGGAGGGCGUGACAUGAAGAGGCAAAAACCCAAACCCUAACGACACCUAAUCAGAGGGGCCAUUCAUUUGUUUUCAAAGCAUUGUCAAAAAUUGUGGCAAAUCAUGGAAAAUACUGCGGGCCAUAACGAUGAUAGCAAGCAAAAAGAAGCGCCUAAGCUUGCGGCGUUGUUGAAAGAAAUGAAGGAAGGACUUGAUACUGUAAGGCGUAAAAUUCAAUCUUUAACUGCCACGGUGAAAGAAGGCCAAUAUCCUACAGCAGAUGGAUUUAGUUAUCUUGAAGCUAAAAAUUUGCUGCUUUUGAAUUAUUGUCAAUCCCUUGUUUAUUAUUUAUUGCGGAAGGCUAAGGGAUUAUCAAUAGAAGAUCAUCCUGUUGUUCGAAGUGUUGUAGAGAUAAGAUUGUUUUUGGAAAAGAUUCGGCCAAUUGACAAGAAACAACAAUACCAGAUCCAGAAACUAAUACAAGCUAGUGAAAAUGCAACCAGAAGUGAUAUUCAAAACAAGGAGCCAGUUGCAUCCAAUAAGAGCGAGGACGUGUCAAAGUAUCGUCCCAAUCCUGACAUGCUUGUUAGCAAAGUAGACCUAACCUUGCAGGAUGGCAAUGAGUAUUAUCAACCUGUAAAAUUUGCGCCUACUUCUAUGGAUCUAGAGAGAUCUUCAAAGUAUGAAAGAAAUGCCUUGCGAAGAGAAAAAGAAAUUCUGAAACAAGCUAAGCAGAGUGAUUAUAUUAGGACAUUGAUGAAUGAUAUGGAGGAAAAACCUGAAGAGAUAAGAGAUUUUGAGGGAGCUAGCAGAGAAGUUGAUAGAUAUAUUGCCAAGAUGGACGAACGUGCUCGGCAAGAGGAGGAGCUGUUCACGCGUGUUCCUCUUACGAAACAGGAGAGGAAACGAGAAAAGUACUUGAAGAAAUCAAGAAAUGGGUUGCAAGGUCUAACAGAAAGUUUCUAUGAUGAAAUCAAAACAUUACCCUUUGGUGAUAAAACUGGAGAGCAAGUAAUGGGCUCUAGUAAUGGUGGUAGAACAAACAAUAGACUGAAGAAGCGAAAGAGGAAACAUUAAAGGAAGAAAAAUUGGGUUUUGAGCUAAAGGGCGGAAAUGCAUGCUAUCUGCAGAACAGACCACUGCAUGCUGUUGGAGGAAGUAAUACUAGAUUCAACGGAAAGGAAUGUAAAACCUAUAGAGUUGGUAUUGGUGCAUUCCUCCGUGUUGAUUGCAGAUUUUAGUUAAAUCAACUGUCUUUUUAUUAUUAUCAUAGCCAUCAUGCUAAUCGGCUCGGAUUUGAGAUUUUAGAAAAGAUGAAAUGAGUGUUUUUUUUUUUUUUUUUGCUAUUACAGGCUUGCACCCAAUUUUGUGAUGCACUUGGAUUUUUUAAAUAUAUUUAGGUGGAGUUCAGCAUAUUAAACAUCA